CCCGCGUCAGAGCACAACACCGACGCACCCUCCUCAGGGCGCGAGGAACGGGGUGCCUGUCCCCGAACGCGCUCCCUGCCCGGCUAACCCCCGCUGCCGCCGGGCCGCGGCGCGGAGGGAGAGCCCGGACCCGGGCCCGCCCCGCGCCGCCGCUCUGGCCGUGGGGGGCGGCCCCGGUAGCGGCGGCGGUGUGGCCAUGGAGCCGGGCGUGGAGGAGCUGAUGCCGCGGCUGCUGCCCGUGGAUGACUGUGACUUGGCCGAGGACUUCGACCCCACGGUGCCUCCCAGGACUCCCCAGGAGUACCUGAAGCGCGUCCAGAUAGAAGCAGCUCGAUGCCCAGAUGUGGUCGUGGCACAAAUAGACCCAAAAAAACUGAGAAAGAAGCAGACGGUAAACAUUGCGAUUUCCGGAUGUCAGCCUGCCCCUGAAGGAUACUCCCCAACGCUCAAGUGGCAGCAGCAGCAAGUGGCCAAUUUUUCAGCCGUUCGUCAGAGCCUGAACAAGCACAGAAAUCACUGGCGGUCACAGCAUUUGGACAGCAAUGUUACCAUGCCAAAAUCAGAGGAUGAAGAAGGCUGGAAGAAGUUCUGCCUGGGUGAAAGAAUAUAUUCAGAAAUAGGUGCACUAUCUGAUAAUGAAAAUCUAGGGAUUGAUUACAUAAAGGUGGGCUUUCCCCCUUUGCUAAGUAUUGUAAGCAGAAUGAAUCAGGCAACAGUAACCAGCGUCCUAGAAUACCUGAUAAGCUGGUUUGGAGAGAAAAAAUUUACUCCAGAACUGGGUAGAUGGCUUUAUGCACUGUUGGCAUGCCUUGAAAAACCUUUGCUACCUGAAGCUCACUCCCUUAUUAGACAGCUGGCAAGACGAUGCUCAGAAGUCAGAGUACUAGAGGAGAACAAGAACGAAGAACAAAUAUCAGCUCUGAACUUGAUAAUCUGCUUAGUUAGCCGGUACUUCGAUCAGCGUGACUUGGCUGAUGAGCCUUCCUAGACUGUUUUGAGAACAUCAUGUAUUUUGUGGUGCCAUAGUACCAACACCAUUAUCAGAGUUAACAGCAAGACACUGCACUGUUCAGGCCUGAAGUACUACACAGCCCCUUCAGAACACCCUCAUGAUAAUGCACUGGGGAUACCUAUGAAUAACUUAAGCCGAGCUUUAGCAUGAGAUUGCCAAUGUCUCAGAUAUUAUCAUCGCUGUCAUUGUAAAAUGGUCAAUGAAGCAUCUGGCAGCAGCUCUCAAGCCACUGUCUCGGUAAACUACAUUCUCGGCUAGAAAUUUCUACCAUCUGAGUAAUUCUGUGGACAUUACUCUUAGGUGAAGUCUGAGAUAAAGAACACUUAUUUGUCACAUAACCUAACACAUCCUUUGUGAGGGCUUUUUUAAUAAAACUGAAGCAUUUCAAAGAGUGUU